ACACUAGCAGAAGGGGGAAGAUUCAACUUUUCAAUGGCGCAUUCGCUUUUGUCUGCACUUUCACCUCAUGUCUGUGGCCAGGGGAUCCACCGAAAAGGUGGGGAGCCAUGGCUUUGCAGUUUUCCUACAAGGACAAAGCUGAUGAAUUUGAAGCUUCCUUAUGGCUCCAGAAUAAGAGCAGGAACAAUUUCUGUGACCAAUGCUAAAGCAAUAGAAAUCCCCCAUCAGUGGUAUAAUCUUGUUGCAGACCUCCCUAUCAAGCCUCCUCCACCUUUGCAUCCAAAGACUCUCCAACCGGUUCAACCUGAGGAUUUAUCUCCUCUGUUUCCAGAUGAGAUCAUAAUCCAAGAGGCUAGUACUGAUAGGUUCAUCAACAUCCCCCCAGAAGUUGUUGAUGUUUACAGGCUUUGGCGCCCAACCCCACUGAUCAGGGCCAAGAGAUUAGAGAAACUUCUUAAGACACCUGCCAGAAUCUACUACAAAUAUGAAGGUGGCAGCCCAGCUGGAUCACAUAAACCGAACUCGGCAGUCCCACAAGUAUGGUAUAAUGCACAACAAGGAAUCAAGACUGUGGUGACAGAAACUGGUGCUGGUCAAUGGGGGAGCGCAUUGGCCUUUGCCAGCAGCUUAUUUGAUCUCAAUUGUGAGGUCUGGCAAGUUCGUGCUUCUUAUGAUCAGAAACCAUAUCGUAAAUUGAUGAUGCAAACAUGGGGUGCCAAGGUGCACCCAUCUCCAUCUAGCAUAACUGAGUUUGGGAGGAAAUUCCUCCAAACAGAUCCAUCUAGUCCUGGUAGUUUGGGAAUUGCUAUUUCAGAAGCUGUAGAGGUUGCAGCUACACAUGCUGAUACCAAAUACUGCCUGGGAAGCGUUCUGAAUCAUGUGUUGCUACACCAGACUGUUAUUGGUGAGGAGUGUAUACAGCAGAUGGAGGCAUUGGGUGAGACCCCUGAUGUCAUCAUUGGUUGUACUGGUGGAGGAUCCAAUUUUGCAGGGCUUUGUUUUCCAUUUAUUCGUGAGAAGUUCAAUGGGAAAAUCAAUCCUAUUAUAAGAGCAGUUGAGCCUGCAGCAUGCCCUUCUCUGACAAAAGGAGUGUAUGCAUAUGAUUAUGGGGAUACAGCCGGGAUGACACCAUUGAUGAAGAUGCACACACUUGGGCAUGACUUCAUUCCAGACCCCAUUCAUGCUGGGGGUCUGCGCUACCAUGGUAUGGCACCGUUGUUAUCACAUGUGUUUGAAUUGGGUCUUAUGGAGGCACUGUCUAUUCCUCAGAUUGAAUGCUUUCAAGGUGCCAUACAGUUUGCUCGGUCAGAAGGUCUGAUUCCAGCACCAGAACCAACUCAUGCCAUAGCUGCCACUAUCAGGGAAGCUCACCGUUGCAGGGAGACCGGAGAAGAAAAAGUUAUUCUCAUGGCUAUGUGUGGUCACGGACAUUUUGAUUUGGCAGCUUAUGAGAAGUAUUUGGAAGGAAGUAUGGUUGAUUUAUCAUUCGAAGAUGAGAAGAUAAAAGCAUCUCUGGCUACAGUUCCUCAAGUUGUUUUCUAAACUGAAUAGCAUAAGUUGAAUAAGAUGGUGACUAGGAUAGAUAGGUGAAGCACCUACUAGGCUUCAAUGAAAUUUUGAGUUGAGUUGGUCAGUUUAUCUUUCUAAAUGCUUCUAUAUUUACCCUUUUUUCUUCCUUCAGUGAUAAAUCAUCCACCUAACUAAAUUCACAGCUUUGUGGUUGUCA